UUAGGAACAUGUUCGACAAGCCAAACCGUGAUGCCUUUCAAAUAGUGUCUUAUUUCUUGUUUCAAACGCUGGACCAGUCUCUCACCAAAGAAGUUUUCAAAGUUUGUUGGCCUCCAUUUGACCAAAAAAGUGAUACUGAAUUCCGGAAACUUUGCUGUGAAUGGUUAAAAAAAAUUUCUGUGGAAUGUGGAAAUAACUUUCCUCAAGUUGUUGCUUCACUAUUUCUUUCUCCUGGUGGUCCUAAGUUUAUUCACCUGAUGUAUCAUUUUGCAAGAUUUGUUGCAAUAAAAUAUAUAAAAACACAUUCCAAAAAUUCAUUCAAGCAUGUUGCAGAGACAUUUAAUUUAAAGCCACAAGAUUUGCACAUGUGCAUUGCCAGGUCUCAUGUAGCACGUAACAGAUUUUUACAGAUUUUACAAAGACAAGAUUUUGUUUUCCAGAAGUAUCAAGAAAAUGCACAAUUAUUAGAUGAAGAAGUACGAAAUUUGAGAUCAGAAUAUAUAGGACUGCAAAACCAAAUGAAAAACAUGGAACCUUAUGAUGACCAAAGUGAUAUACAAGAAAAAAUUCAAAAGGUUCGGUCUUUGUGGGCUUCAGUGAAUGAAACUCUCUUGUUUUUGGAAGAAGAGAGAGAAAUUGUUAGUUCAGUCCUCAGUCUUGCUGACCAGUAUACUUUAGAUGGAACUAACGUUGCUAUUGAUGUUCCAAGGCUCUUACUUGACAAAAUUGAGAAACAAAUGUGUCAGUUGCACAUAGGAAAUGUUUAUGAGGCUGGGAAAUUGAACCUGUUGACAGUUAUUCAGUUAUUAAAUGAAGUCUUGAAAAUAAUGAAAUAUGAAUGUUGUCAGGCUGACCAAGCAAAACUGACAAUAGACCUUCGCUUCCUUGAAAAAGAGGCCAAAUUACAGAGAGAAAGAUUAUUGGAUCUGCAGCAUAUGAGGCAUAAAUUAGAAGAAGAUCUUACAACUAUAACACAUUCUAUUGUUGAAAAACAAGAAAAAUGGCAUAAAAAGUGGAAAGAAUUUCUUGGUUUGUCUCCUUUUAAUCUAAUAAAAGGUUGGACUCCAGCUGUGGAUCUUUUACCACCUAUGUCUCCUCUUUCAUUUGAUCCUGCCUCAGAAGAAGCAUAUGCCAGAAGUAUUCUUUUGCAGUAUCCUGCUUCGCUUCCAGAUACAGCUAAACAGCAUAACCAGGAAAAUGAUUGUAGAAGAGCCAGUGAUGUACUGGGAACUGUAUAUGAUUUAACCAACAGCCCUGCUUCUUUCCUGUUUCAGCCAGUUUCAUCAUCAGAUGGAAAUAGUGUUACAAUAUUUGAAAAGGACAUGAAGAUUGGAACAUCUAGAGAAAAAACUGAAACAAUUUCUAAGAAAACACCAGAGUGUGAAGGGGAAGACUUUCCAUCAUCAUAUAUUGCAAAGAAUACAGAGAGCAGUGCAUUAGGAGGACCUCUGCCAGUUAAAAAAAUUGAUCCAUUCCAGAAAGAGCAAGAUCACCUGGCAGAAGAGGUUGUGAGGACAGUAUUAUCUGAUUCACCACAGCUCUCUACGGGAAAAGAAGUAAAAUUAGAGGAACUGAUUGACUCUCUAGUUUCUAACCCAUUCUUAACUAGGAAACAAAUUCCCCGAACUCCAGAAAACUUGAUCAGUGAUAUUAGGAACUCAUGGAGAAAAGCUAUUAAAGUAGAAGAUAACAGAAGUACAGAAUCAAUUCAAAUGGAUACUGAACAUAGAGAAGGUUUUAAGGAUAUUGAUUUUGGCAUAUUACAUGAAACUCUUCCAGAAGAUGUUGGUCAUUUAAGUCUUAAUAGCUCCAAUAGUACAGAGGCCAAUUUCAAACUGGAACCAAAUAGUCCUAUGAACAGUAGCAUUUUCUCAGAAGAUGUUGUGGGAGAAAGACAGACUACUCCAAAAUCAGACUCCCAUGUACAGGCUAUUUACAGUAGAUAUGAGGCUCUGAAAAAACCUCUUAACAAGAAAAGGGAAGAAACUUACCUCUUUAAUUCUGAAAUACCUGAAAGACACAAACAAGAAUUGAGCCCUGCUCCUCAAACCAUGCAAACAGAUGAUAUGCUUAACCUGCUGGACACUCAAGAUUUGCAUACUGACUAUACAAAACCAUCUUUACGAAUGUCCCCUGGUGAAAGAAAACGAUCUCUUUCACCACUAAUUAAGUUUUCUCCAGUGGAACAAAGAUUGGGGACCACGAGGCCAUGUAGUCUUGGAGAACUUCCACCUUAUUUAAAAGAAGCAGAAAUCUUGAAUAAGAGCCUUGAUGCAAAAGAAUCGCCGUCUGAGUUGAAGAGAUAAUUUACUUACGUUGCACACUUCAGUUGAAGCAAGUUGAUUUAAAAAUAGACUUAUAGCCCUAGCUGAUGUGGCUCAGUAGGUUGAGCACCCUCCCAUGAAAUGAGAAGUCACCAGUUCGAUUCCUGGUCAG